AUGGGCACAGCAGAAGCCACUCUCAGAAUGGACAGUAUGGAAGUAAAGGACGAGUGGCAGGACGAAGACUUCCCCAGGCCACUACCAGAAGACGGGGACGGCCUCACAGACACCAGAACCAAUCCGCCCACUACUCUGAAUGUGGGGGAGACUAUGGCGCAGAGGAAACGGCGCACCCUGGUGGCCCCUGACAUGAACUUGUCCUUGGACAGGAGUGAAGGCUCGGUCCUCUCUGAUGACUUUCUGGAGACUCCGGACGAUUUGGACAUCAACGUGGACGACAUCGAGACUCCGGAUGAGACGGACUCGCUGGAGUUCAUCACCAAUGGAAAUGAGCUGGAGUGGGAAGACGACACUCCGGUGGCCACAGCAAAGCGGCUCCCAGGAGAGAGCGAGGAGGAGGAGCGCGACUCGGCAGGGAAACUGUGGCGCACGGUGCUGAUCGGUGACCAGGAGCAGAGGAUAGACAUGCAGGUCAUCCGGCCGUACCUGCGAGUGGUCACACACGGAGGUUACUACGGUGAAGGUCUGAAUGCCAUCAUAGUGUUCUCGGCCUGUUAUCUUCCGGACAGUAACUGUGAGGACUACGCGUACAUCAUGGAGAACCUCUUCCUAUAUGUGGUCAGUAGCCUGGAGUUGCUCGUGGCUGAAGAUUAUAUGAUAAUUUAUUUAAAUGGAGCGACACCACGGAGGAGGAUGCCCGGGAUCAGCUGGCUCAAGAGAUGUUACCAGAUGAUCGACAGAAAGUUGAGAAAGAAUCUGAAGUGUCUGGUCAUCGUUCAUCCCACGUGGUUCAUCAGGACCGUCAUCGCCAUCUCCAGGCCCUUCAUCAGUGUGAAGUUUCUGGAUAAGAUUCGUUACGUCCAGACUCUGGAGGAGCUGAGUGAAAUCAUCCCCAUGGAGCAUGUGCAGAUCCCUGAGUGUGUGCUGCAGUACGAUGACGACAAAAUCAGAACGCAGAAGGAAAGACUUGACCUGGAGAAGCAGGCAACCCCAAUACCAGCGAAAGAAAGGCCCAAGUCGAUGAUUGCAGACGUAAGCCGCGACAUGUGA